AAUUAAUGGAGGUCGGAACACCUCACAGUCAGAAAUCAAAGAUAAAAUUCUGGCAUACUUUUAAAUCUAACACAUGAUUGCACGCAAUGUCUUCUCAUGAGGUUAAUCCGGCAUGGAGCUAGAACUUCUGGAAGAUAUUCCCAGUUCGAGGUCUGAUCAGUCAAGUUCAGCAGACAGGUCACGUGUGGCCAGAAAAGCAAGAACUAUGCAUCCAACAAGUCGAAUUGCUGAACAGGAACAAGUGAGGUCAACAUCUGUCUCACCAAGACCAAGACCCAGGUCAUCCGAUCAUGCAAGGUCGGUAGUUGGCAAGUCAUCAAAUGGAACUCCUGUGGUCCCUCCAAGGCCCCCAAUAGCUGCACCUCGCAAAAACAUCCCACCAAAAGUUGACACAAAUAUCAAAACUGGUGUCGUUACACCUUCAAAAGAUAGCUCUCCCUGUGAAAUGAAUUUGAUGGCGUUUUCACCAACCGAAAAACAAGCUCCGUCUCAACAUGGCUUAGAUGAUUUUGAUCCUGUGCCAAGGGGGCGUGUCAGCCCAGGUGAGAGUGGGGCUGCAAGUGCAGACUUGUAUGCUGUUAUGAGACGUUCAGCAACAACUGAUUCAGAAUCUGAUUAUGCAUCUAUCACCAGUUUUCAGGAUCCUGUGCAAGGCAUGGCUAAUCAACUUCAAAGAACAACAAUGGCACCCCAAUCCACAGAUUCAGCUAGUUUUCAGAAACAACCAGAUCAUGGAAGUGGGAGUUCUCAUGGAAUAAUGAUCAACCCAGUGUCGGGCAUUGCUUCUUUCAAUAGGGAAAAACCACCUCCUGCAAUACCACCUAGACCCAAGGUUGAUCAAGGCAAAUUUAUCGUACCAACGCGUCCCCAUGGAAACCAACCUGCUCCUGUAAAAUCUCAUACCCUUCCUGUUCAAUCAUACGGUGCUCGACCGAAAACCGGUAGUCUCUCGGCGGAUUUGGAUUCCUCCACCGCGUGGAAACGGUCUGGCAUGGCCACAAGUGCAUCUUCUGACUUUUCUGAUAGACAGCGUCAUGCUUCUGAUGUCGAAGUUGCAACAAGGCCAUCAGAAAAUGAGUUGAUGACAUUCGGUUACAAUCAUGAUCGUAAAAUCAGCACCUCGUAUUUUGAUCCGUUAUUGAAUCCUGUGCUCACGGAAGAUGAGCUGUCACAUUCACUAGAGUUUCAGGGUUUUCGUCGUAAGAAGGCUCCGAAUCCAUUUCCCGAAUUAGGGAGACAUUUGCCACCUGUACAGGGAUUCCAGGCAGGAAGCAGAGAAAUGUCUGGGUAUGAUCCAAACUACGAAGGUCUUCAGCUCUCGGGAGAAUACGCAAUGUACCAGGACGACAGUAGUUUAGAUGGUGCUGAGGAAUUCAAUCUGGAGGAGAUCCAGGACCCAUUUUCUAUUUCGACUUUAACAUUGCUGGCACAGCAGCGGGAUGCGGCACCCCCAUUACCACCUAAGUCCAAAGAGGUCAAGAAGGUGCCAGUCAAGGAUGACGUUGAACCAGAUCCUGCCACACCAUUACCACCAAAGUCUCAGCCAACAGUUACUCCAGAGAAGUCUAUCAUUGGUUGGAAUGAUGUCCACAACAGUCUUGUUCCAACGUUCGUCGCUGAUGAAGAAGCACAAGCAUUUUGUGAUGCCAUGAAUUGUUUAAAGACAACAUAUUCAAUCAAAGAUCAAGAGAAGAAUGCCGGCAUUGUGUUGAGUCCCGUCCUCGAACACGUCGAACAUCCAUCAAUGACCAUUAAACUCACUGUCCAGGCUCGUUUUGCGAAGGACCCGGUCAUUUUCACUUGUGAUAUCAACUCUGAGGUCCACUUUGUGAUCAGUCAUGUCCUGUACAUGAUCUGUGAUGAUACGGCCACAUCUUCUGCUGAUGUUAAACUGGAAAACUACAUACUGAAAGUUUAUGCUCGCCAAGAGUUUCUUCUGAGUGACUCAAUCCUUGGUGACUAUGAGUAUGUGCAGCAUUGUCUAAAGCUUGAUCUGGAGAUCAAGUUCACCUUGCUUGAUACCCAGAAAGUCAAAAGACCAUAUGAACGAAACCCACCAGAUCUCCAUCCAAUGGAAGCGCCCAGAAUGUCAGAGUUGUCUGAAUACAAGAAAUUAGUAAGCAGAGAAAGUCUGAUGAUUCUAAUGGACACCUUCACCAAGGAGAUUGAGAAGCUUCUCAACCAGGCCAUGGAGAGCGAGUUCAAGAAGAUACAAACAAAUGCCCUACUUGGGGCCGUGAAAGCUGUCUGUACCAUCCUGAACACUGUGGAGACCACUGAGAUUACCUUGGCGGUGAAGCGACUGCAGGCCCUUAGUAAGGAGCAGGGUCACGAUGAGCGGCCAUCUUCAACAUAUAAUGAUCUGAUAGCUGCAACGAACAAAUAUGAUGAGCUGAAUGGAGCAGUACAAGAGCUGUGUACGGCCGUAAUCAACCUGAUCCGCACUUAUUGUAACCUGUACAAUACAGACUUCGUCAUCAGAUUCCCGAGUCACACGAGCGGCGAGAAAGAGGACGCGAGUCAACUGUGUGAUAGCGUCAUCAUACAUGUGGCGACAGCCCAUCAUUUUGAUGCCGAGUGGCCUACAAAGAAUAGUCAUAAAAAAGGUGCUAAAACAGGUGGUAAAACAACAAGGUAUGACCACUUCCGUGUUUCAUGUGGACUCUUCUACGGUGGGCGGCCGUUGUGUAAAAACGUCAUGACUUCACAAGCAGUGAUAACGACAGACAGCUUCCAGCCACGCAUUGUCUGGGAUGAGUGGAUCCAGUUUCCAUCGAUGGGAGUUUCCAUGUUGCCGAGGGAAACAAGAUUGGCCUUGACUCUGGUUGGCUUUAGGACGGAGAAGGACGGAUCGAGUAAUGAAGUCCCCAAACAAAUCAAGGUCAAUCUUGGGUGGGCUGUGCUACCCAUGUUUGAUUACAAGGGCCAUCUCACACAGGGUGACCAACUGCUUGCCCUCUGGCCUAACGAAGGUGCCAAUCCUAGUGGCUCCACCCAGUGCAACAUCCUGAAACCAGACGCUGUCCUUCUCCAAGUCAGCCUACCAGACUUUGGCCAUCCGGUGAUAUUUCCGGAUGUAAAACCCACAAAAGCAAGUGAUCUAAGUGAUGAGAAAAAUGCACAAAGCCUGAAAAGACCAUUUGAAGCGUUACACCCGUAUGACCAGGAGCAGCUACUGGAGAUCCUUGGCAAAGAUUGUGUUACAUUUGCCACGCCUGCUGAGAAUGAAGUGCUAUGGGAGAAGCGCUUCUAUCUCCACGAUCGUCCAGAAGCUCUACCAAAGGUCUUGCUAGCCGCACCAAACUGGAAUUGGUCAAGUUUAGUCGAUAUCUAUCGCUUGAUUGAUGAAUGGACACCGAUGAAGCCAACAGAUGCAUUGGAAUUGUUGCUGCCUUUGUAUGCUGAUGAACAUGUGCGGAAUGUUGCCAUCUCGUGGAUCAAAAAAAUGUGCGCUGAUGAAAUCUGUGACUACCUCCCGCAGCUUCUGCAAGCUUUGAAAUAUGAGCUGUACCACCAGAGUCCAUUAUCGCAGUUCUUGCUCGAAAUGGCCAUGACCAAUGUUAGGAUUGCACAUCAGCUUUACUGGUUAUUCAAGGAAGCGAGCUUGGAUGUUCGAUGCUGUUGGCGUUUCCACUUGAUGAAGACCGCCCUUAUGUCGAUGGUUGGCAAUGGCUUCAAGGAGGAGAUAGAAAGAGAGGAACAUCUGACGAAGGGUCUGACUACAGCUGCUAUUUGUGUCAAGGCUGCGAAGGAUGCAAAGGAUAGAGAUAUGACAUUGUUAAGAGAACUCGGCCUACUUUUUGAAGAAUUUGAAGACCAAAGUAUCGGCCUCCCUCUCGACCCUUCCCUGGUCAUCACUGGCAUCGAACUCAAAUCAUGCUCCUAUUUCACGUCAAACGCAUUCCCGCUCAAGCUGGUUUUCAAACACGACGAACCUCGUGCUGACCCACAUUGUGUGAUGUUCAAGGUCGGCGAUGACCUUCGUCAGGACAUGUUGACGAUGCAGCUCAUUAACAUAAUGGAUAAAAUGUGGUUGAAAUCGGGACUGGAUCUCAAGAUCAUUACGUUCAGGUGUUUGUCGACUGGUGAGAGAAAAGGGCUUGUCGAACUGGUGUCCGAGUCUCAGACUCUCAGACAGAUUCAAGACCCCUAUGGUGUGACGGGAUCAUUCAAAGACCGACCUCUUGCUGAGUGGUUAAAGAAGUACAACCCAACAGAGCUUGAUUAUAGGAAGGCCGUGGUAAAUUUCACGCGGUCAUGCGCUGGUUACUGUGUGGCAACGUAUAUCCUUGGUAUCUGUGACCGUCAUAACGACAACAUCAUGCUGAAGCAGACUGGCCACAUGUUCCAUAUCGACUUUGGAAAGUUCUUAGGUGAUGCACAGAGAUUUGGCAACAUCAAACGGGACCGAGUACCAUUUGUUUUCACAUCGGACAUGGCAUACGUCAUCAAUGGAGGUGACAAGGUGACGGACAACUUCCAGGAGUUUGUAGACCUUUGUUGUGAAGCAUUUAACGUUUUACGGAAGAAUGGCGCAUUCCUGAUCACGCUGCUUCGACUGAUGUCUGCCUCAGGUAUUCCUGGAAUCAACCACAAUGCUGCCAUGUACGUCCAGAGAGUAUUACUGCCCGACUGCUCGGACACUGAAGCUAUUGCUGCAUUUACGAGAAUGAUCCAAGGCAGCCUGAAGUCAGUGUCAACACAGUUUAACUUCUUCCUGCACGCGAUGGCUCAGAAGCGAUUCUCUGGGCACCGGGAGGGCAUGCUGCUGUCGUUCAUACCAAAGACAUACAGUGUAACAACUGAUGGUCGCAUCACCAAUGUUGUCAUAGAAGGAUACCAGAAGAGAUACAGCCCAGAAAAGUUUUAUAUUUACAUCAUCCGAGUCGAUCGGGAAGAUGAGAAAGUGCCAAACUUCAUUAUGCGGAAGUACCCAGAAUUCCUGGAGUUCCACAAACGGUUGGUGGAGAUGUUCCCAAUGGUCAAGCUGCCUUCGCUGCCUGGAAAGGGUAGAAGAAGUAGUCGAAGGAUAAUGAUUGGUCGAAGUAAUGUCAAAGCCGUGGCUGACAAACGCAAGUCUGAACUUGAGAUAUUUCUCAGGGAGUUGCUAGCACUUGCUCCUGAAAUCUCAGAGUGCGAUCUAAUCUACACAUUCUUCCACCCGAUGCUCAGAGAUGAACAAGAGGUCAACAAGAGUCAGGGCAAAGUCCGAGUAAUAGUUUACAAUGCAAAGAUGCUGGGUAAACCUGACCCGUCGCCCACGAGAAUCUUGCGACGGCCCCACGCCAUACAGGGACAACUCAAGCUCAGUUUGGUCCACAAAGAAGGCGGCCUCCACGUCAUGAUCAUGCAUGCUAAGGACCUGGCUUCUGAAGAAAGUGAACUGCCUGACCCAUAUGUCAAGAUGUAUCUACUGCCUGAUAGUGCCAAACAGACCAAGCGCAAAACUGAGAUUGCUCGCAGGUCAAAUCAUCCAACAUUCAAUGAAAUGUUUGUGUAUCGGGUACCGUUGGAUAUCAUAAAGCGGAAGCAUCUACAACUGACAGUGUGGAACUACGACAUGCUGAAGGAAAAUGAGUUCAUGGGCGCGUUGUAUCUCGACCUGAGCACGAUCGACCUUGGCAAAGAAACAGUUGCAUGGCACAAGUUAGGCCUUUAUCAGAUGCCUUGAGUCAAUGAAUUGAACAAACACAUGCCGAUCACCCUUGCUUUGAUUGCUGAGGGUCCAAGACUUUAAAAGAUUAUCAUGGCAUAGUGUCAUGCUAAUGCUGCUUCAAAGAGGAGACAUCCGCUGAGUGAGAUUAGUUCUAUGGAACAAGCAAAAGCUAUACUGAUAUGCACUGAAUAUAUGUCAAGGAGUAUCAUGUCACAAAUUAUUUUGUGCAGCACAAUGGUAUGUUUUAAUGCUUUAAAUUUUACUUGUAUUUGUAGAAAUUUAGGUAUGCACCACUCUACAAAAAUGUACAUACAGCGAGCAUUAUAUUGCCUUUGUGGGACCAGGAUUUCCAGAAUUUUAUUUUUUCUAUAUGAAUGCUUGCACAGCCAUUCUGCUUUUGAGUUUCAAGACGAGAUGGGAUACUUUUGAACAAUUUUCAUUGCUUUACUUUUUAAAAUUUGAACAGUGAUAAAGUUAAAAAACUAUCUUCCAUGGUAUCAAGAUAUAUUUUGGAUAUAAUGUGUAUGUAAUUGCUCUGACUAUCAUGCUGUAAGUUUAUAAUAGUGUAGGCCCACAUCUGCUAUAAUAGCAUAAUAUCAUAUUUAUACACAGGUAGAUUUUGUGUGCCGUUGUAUAAAAGAAAGUAGGUUUUGACUCAAUGUACUUUGGCAUCAAAACCCUUCAGCCUCUAAGAUAUCUUCCUGAUAAAAAAUCAUGUACAGUCUAGCUCAUAUUAAUAUCAACCUACAACUUAUGAUAUCUUCUUAAGUAACUGUUUUCAAUGCGGUUUGCACAAGGAUGUCGUAAAUGUUGUUGUCUGUAUGAUCAUGAUGAUUACAAUGAAGUGCAUUAUUGUCUUCAUUAUGAAAUCAUCAAUUUACAAAAGGUAAAAAAUAAAUAAAUUAUUAAAGUAUUUUGGGAGAUAUCACAAGUCAUAGGUGUUGAUAUUAUUAUGAGCUAGACUGUACAUAGUCAAUAUUUAUAUGGUAUGAUAUGUUUUGUCAACUUGUGAGAGUUUGGAUUUGGACUAUUCUGGACUGAUCAUACCAAAUGCUUAGAAGAUAACAAAUUGGAAGUCACAGCAAUUUGAAGAGCUUGUUUGUGCGGCACUGAAGAGUCUUGAUAAUGUGUGAGAAAAAUGAGAUACCUAGACCAUAAAUAGCUGUGAUUUUUUCUUAUAUUUCUGAGUUAUUACUAAAGGUGCUUCUGUUAAUAUGAAAUCUGUCAAUAAGUUAGUGAUUAUGUUGCAUUGCAUGUGAUAGAUGAUUCUUCUUCAUUUAUGUGUACCGGUACUGUAAACCCCCCUUUAGUUUUGUGGCCAUAGAUGUUUGCAAAAAAACAUCCUUUUGCUAGAUUUUGCUUCCAUUAAUUUCUUCCACUGAUUUUCCAAUGAUUAAAACAAUAAGUUAAACAUAUUAGGUCGCUUGAGAAAAGGGGUUUACACUCCUACAAUAUCGGAGUAAGUUUGUCAGGCCCAAGGCCUUAAAAUAGCUGUAGUUCUGGUAGAUGCUCUGUGAGUUAAAA